ACAAAUUCAUUCAAAAUGCGCUUGCUGACAGUCGCAGGAGUCCUCGCGGUGGUGCUGAGCCUGAGUAGCGCCAGCCAGUGGUGGGAGAACGGCAACUAUUAUCAGAUAUAUCCACGCUCGUUUCGCGACUCCGACGGGGAUGGCAUUGGCGAUCUGAAUGGCGUGACGGAGAAGCUGCAGUACCUGAAGGACAUUGGCAUCACGGCGGCCUGGCUCUCGCCCAUCUUCAAGUCGCCGAUGGUGGACUUUGGCUACGACAUUGCCGACUUCUAUCAGAUCCAUCCCGAGUACGGCACCAUGGAGGACUUUGAGCGCAUGAUUGCGCGCGCCAAGGAGAUUGGCAUCAAAAUCAUUCUGGACUUUGUGCCCAAUCACUCGAGCGACAAGAACGAGUGGUUCAUCAAGUCCGUGAACGGUGAUCCGCAAUAUAAGGACUAUUAUAUCUGGCACAAUGGCAGGAUCAAUCAGCAGACCGGCGAGCGUGAGGCGCCCAGCAAUUGGAACUCGGAGUUCAGGUACAGCGCCUGGGAAUGGAACGAGGUCAGGCAGCAGUACUACCUCCAUCAGUUUGCCAUAGGCCAGCCCGAUCUGAACUAUCGCAAUCCCGCCGUGGUCAACGAGAUGAAGAAUGUGAUCAAGUUCUGGCUGGCCAAAGGCGUCUCUGGCUUCCGCAUCGAUGCGAUUCCCUAUCUAUUCGAAGUCGAGCUCGAUCGCUACAAUGAGUAUCCCGACGAGCCGCUCUCCAACGACAGCAACUGCCCAGAUCCGGACGACCACUGCUACACGCAGCACAUUUACACCCAAGACCUGCAGGAGACCUACGACAUGGUCUACCAGUGGCGUGAGCUCGUCGACGAGUUCCAUGCGGAGCAUGGCGGCGAUCAGCGCUUCCUCAUGACAGAGGCCUAUACCAGCUUCGAGAACAUCAUGAAGUACUACGGCGACGGCAUUCGCAACGGCUCUCACGUGCCUUUCAACUUUGACUUCCUCACGAGCAUCAACAACGCCUCCAAGGCGACGGAGUAUGUGGAGCACAUUGAAAAGUGGAUGAAUGCCAUGCCCGCCGGAGCCUCGGCCAACUGGGUGUUGGGCAAUCACGACAACAAGCGCGUGGCCUCACGCUUUGGCGUGCAGCGCAUCGAUUUGAUAAACAUUCUGCUCCAGACUCUGCCAGGCUUUGCGGUCACCUAUAACGGGGAGGAGCUGGGCAUGACUGAUGUGUACAUUAGCUGGGAGGACACCGUGGAUCCCAAUGCCUGCAACUCCGACCCGGACCACUACUACGACAGAUCUCGAGAUCCCGCCCGCACGCCCUACCAAUGGGACGCCUCUCCAAUGGCGGGCUUCACCUAUGCUGAUCACACCUGGCUGCCAGUUUCGGCUGAUUACAAGACGAACAAUGCGCUGCAGCAGCUGCGCGCUCCCCAAUCCCAUCUGCAGAUCUUCAAGACUCUGGUGCGUCUGCGCCAGGAGCCGUCUUUCCGCACUGGCGAGCUCAAGAUUAAGGCUCUGGAUGAUGAUGUCAUCAUCUACUCGCGUCAAACGGAGGGCAGCGAUCUGUAUGUGAUUGUGCUCAAUCUGGGCAGCACUGCCAAGACCCUGGAUCUCACCAAGCACUUCAGCUUGGGUGCCCAGGCAGAGGUCAUAACCAGCUCCGUGCAGUCCCGUUACAUAAACGGAGAGACCGUCAAGACCUCAGCGUUUGUGGCCGACGCCAAUGUGGGCACCGUUCUGGUCGCCCUCAACUAAACGUUACCUUUGCUUAUCUAAUCAUAAGCAACAUUUAAUUAUAAUAAAGUGUCCACAAAACUUA